GAAGAAAAAUUACUCCUCCGUCAUCACCUCCCCCUCCAUACCAUAUUAGAUUGCAUCGUUGGGAUGAAGCUCUUUAGCUGAAUACAGCCAUUAAACGACCGUUGUUUUCAAAUUGGUCAGUAGCCACAUCACUGCAGUUUGCGAACAAACCCUAACACAGCAAUUGGAAUCUGGAAAGGCAGCAGGAUGAUUGUCAGGACUCCUCCACCGAAGAAGCAACGAUCCGAAGUUAGGGCUCUGCCCGAUUCCUCAUCGGCAGGUGCCUCAGAUCUUCCGCUCGUUAUCUAUGAAGAUCCUCUUCCCGUGGUGCCAGCAACGACACAACCAGAGUGUUCGCACGAGCCCUCUGAGCAGAUGCUCUGCACUUACCAAUGUCGCCAAAUGGUGAAGGCAGACUUCUUAGAUGCAUUAAGCAAUGCAGAGAAGCAAGUUCAUGAUUAUGAAUUGAAGUUGGGCGUGCUAAAUGAGAACCUCUCCAAAGUUGAAUCGGAGAGAAAAAAAUUUCUGGAUCAGUUAUUAUACACAGAGCAAGAACUUGCUGCUGCAAGGGGACGUGAAAAGGUUUUGCAAGAGCAAUUAAUUAAAGAAAUUAAUGAUUCCGGGGAACAAUUGAAGAAGCAAAUGCAAAUAAGCAGUGAACUGGAGGUAAAGUUGCAAAAUGAAGCAAACCUUCGGAUGAAAGCUGAGUCUUUAAUUGCAUUGUCAGAAGAGAAAGCUAAACUCUUAGAAGAUAAAUUAAACCAUUUUUCUGAAAGCAUAGAAAGAGAAAGGAAGCGUCUUCAUGGCGAGCUUGCACAGUUAAAAGGAGAAUCAAAACUUUCUGUUUCAAGGAUAAAUGCAGAUCUGGAAAAGAUGGCUUGCAGAGCUAGUAAUGCUGAGAAGGAAUCUGAGCUACUAAAAGAGCAGUUGGAAGAUUUGAAGAAGCAACUCAAUGAGUGUUUAUGCCAGAAGAGUGAACUAGAGAAGAAAUUAGCAUCUUUCACAGUCAAUGAAGGUACAAGCAAGGAAAGCAAUAUUUUGAUUAAGCAUCUGCAAGAAGAGCUUAGGAACUAUGAAUCUGAAGUGAGAGAAGCUAGGAAGUUGAAAUCAUCUCUCGGAGAUAUUGGAUUAUUGAAGGAGAAGCUAUUAGAAGAAAAAGCCAGAAAGGAGAGAGCAGAAUCAGAGUUGUCUAAAUUGCAAGACAUUCAAUUAAGUGUAAAGAAUCUAGAGGACGAAUUGACACGCAGGGAAUUGUUAAUUAAGGACAUCCCUGGCAUUACAACUUAUGAAGAUAUACCAAAUAAGAUUUCUUCCCUCCAAAAGGAGGUAAUUGAUAACUCAAUAAAGAUGGGUGAGGUGAAUGCUCGCUUGAAACAAUUGGAAGUAGCACUGGAUGCUGCUCAAACUGAUAAACAGAAGGCCGAAAGUGAGGCUACACUUGCAAAGGAAAAGAUUGAAGCAUUAAAGUUGGAAACUCAGCAGAAUGAAUUGCUUCUCUCCGUGGCUACUGAAGAAAGGGAUAAAUUGAAAAGUCUGGUAAAUGAGUUGAAGAGUCUGAAAAAUGGUGAUGCAGACGCUAAGGCAACAAGUGAAACUAUUUCUCAGGAACUAGACUCAGCCCUUGCAAAGAAAGAUUGGUAUAUUAAAGAAUUAGAAAGUAACUUGCAUGAGCAGAAACAGGUUAAUGGCCGUCAACAUGAUGAGCUAAGGUUGUUGAAUGAGAGAUUAAAUAACGAAGCAAAAAGAAUAAAGUCGUUGGAGAGGGAUUCUGAUCGGCUCCGUUCUGAAAUUUCUCUGUUGGAGUCGAAGUUAGGACAUGGUGAUUUUUCCUCAACAAAUACAAAGGUUCUACGAAUGGUGAAUACCCUCGCUGUUGAUAAUGAGGCAAAACAGACUAUAGAGGCCUUAAAAUCUGAAUUGCAGAAGACGAAGGAGAAGUUACAAGCUGUUGAAGAAUUAAAGACUCCUUCAGGUGAUGCCGGGAAGCUCGUGGAUUCGUACAUAUCAGGAAAAAUAAUGCAGCUGAAGGAACAGAUUGCAACACUUGAAAAGCGUGAAGAGAGGUAUAAGACUGUUUUUGCGGAUAGAAUUUCAGUGUUCAGAAGGGCUUGCUGCGAACUUUUUGGCUACAAGAUUGUGAUGGAUGAACACCAGCGAACCGAUGGCAUUCCAGUUACACGGUUUACCCUCCAAUCAAUAUAUGCACAAAGUGACGAUGAGAAACUGCAAUUUGAGUAUGAAUCUGGGAAUACAAACAUUUUGGCAAAUAAUUAUACCUCUCAACCUGAGUUAUCUCGUCAGGUUGAGAUAUUCAUCCGGAAGAUGAAUUCAAUACCAGCUUUUACUGCAAACUUAACUGUGGAGUCCUUCAACAGGCGAACGCUUUCAUAAUGACGUAUUCCACAUUUUCAGAGAGCUAAUAACCAUUUUGUGAAUCUUUGUGUUCUACGCAUGUUACUCAUGGGUCAGUUUAGAUGUGAGUGAUUUUGUCUCUCUCUCUAGAUCUGUUCUUGAGUAGACGCUUUCAUAUGUCUCGCAAACUCGUAUGUUCCUCCCAGUGGUAAAAGAAGGUUCAGCCAUUUUCUGAUAAAAUUUGCAGAUUCAUUUAGCUGAGAAGUGUUGCGAGUGAAUGUUUGUUGUGCUGUCUGUCUGUUUUCUUCAUUCUAUUGAAAACAGGGUAUAUGUUAAAAUGUACCGCUACACACUUGCAUUUAUACGAUCGUACAUUAGUGUGUGGUGUUCACAA